CCCGGGUCACAAUUGGCGUGUAAAACAUGCUCCUAUCGUCUAGAGGACAGGCAUGCGAUCGUGAAAUGUGGUGAAUGCGAUUGGAUUUGCGAGGAGUGUCUCAAACUUCACUCCAGAAUCAAGAUAUUGAAGGGACACCACUUGGAGGAUAAGUGUGAAACUCACCAGGGAAAAGUGGUUUACUACUGUAUCACCUGUGCUAAAGGCUACUGUAGUCGGUGCCCACUACCCGGCCACUUAACACACGAUAUCUAUGUCCCGAAAAAUACUGUUCCCGACCAUUCGCGGGAAUUACGUGAGACGGCACAUAAACUACAAACUACACUCAAUGCAAGUCAAAAGACCCUGACACAAUUGCGAAAUUACGAGACCGAGAUAACGGCUCAAAAGGCACAAUGUUAUGCACUCAUGAAGUCAACGGUACUUACGAUGAGACAAAUGUGUCGCCAAUUGUUCGCAGAGUUGUCGCAUUUAAUCAAAUAUAACAGUAAACUACACAAUGCAACUCAGUCGAGCACCAGUAUUGAGCACCUGGAUCAGUUUGUAGCCGCCAUACUAGGGACACAUAAUGACCCGGUCACUAGAUUGCUGAUAACUGAACCGGCUGCUAAUCAGUUCAUUAUUAAUCAAAUUAACAAGUUCAUUUUGAGUGCCAAUACAGCAAGAUCCUGACACAAUUACAGUCAAUUAUCCCGAGAAUACUGUCGUAUUUCAAGAUGCCGGU